ACACGUCUUUAUCAGUAGAUAAUGCGAUACAUCGCAUAGAGUUUAGGUGUUUUCCACGUUCAGUUGGUUCUUCCUCGUUGUUCGAGAGUGAGAAGGAGCAGUGCUGUUCCGCAGUGCACCUGCGUGUAAAAGGAUUUAUCGACAACGUGCACCAAAAUGGCUGCCACGCAUCUGGAUGUUGGUCUACGAUGCAUCAAAUACCUGCUUUGCGCGGUUAACUCGCUUUUUGUGUUGACAGGGAUAAUGAUAAUAUCCGUUGGUACAACAAUUUAUGCAGUUUAUGAAGAUUUCUCACAUUUUCUGGACCCCAGUUACAUUUCUCCAGCAACGCUAUUAAUCAUUGUUGGAAGUAUUGUUUUUGUGAUAGCCUUUCUAGGUUGUUGUGGAGCUAUUAGAGAAAGUACUUGUAUGGUUCUUGUGUUUGCAGUAUCACUAUCACUUGUUCUUAUAUUGGAAUUAUCUGCUGCAAUUGCAGCUUAUGCUCUUCAAGAUGGAAUAAGGAAUCUUCUCGCUCAAAAAAUAAAUGGUACUAUGCAUCAAUAUGGGAAAAAUGAAGAAGCUACAGAUGCUAUUGAUUUUCUGCAAUCAAGGCUUUAUUGUUGCGGAUAUAAUGGAUAUGAAGACUGGGCAGAUAUUAUGAAUGCAAAUAAAAUAGAUCUUCCAAGAUCUUGUCGACCAUGGGCAGAUAUUAAUGAGAACAGUACACAUACUCCUGAUAGUGAUGACAUUUCUUGGACUCCUUAUGGAACUGGAUGUAUCCACAACCUAUCAGUUAUUAUUCACAGGAGUGCAUUGUAUAUCAGUACAGGAGCUGUGGCCAUUGCUCUUAUUCAGUUGACUGGAAUAAUGUUUGCUUGCAUGUUAGGCCGAGCAAUUAGAAGACAAAAGACAGAAAGGGAAAGACGUAAAUGGGAAUUGAGAGAAAGUUUAGUCAAUGGUUAUCAACCAUUAGGAAAAGCAGAUCCGUUCACAACAUUUCCGGUUGUUUAUAUGUCCUCCUCUGAACCUUCAAAGAACCCUUAGUAUUCUUUUCUACAUUAAAUUUUCAAUUAAUACUUUCUUGAAAAUAUUCACUGUUUCAUAAUAGUAUUUUCCAUUUUUCUAAAAUA